AUGGGUCUCACCAGAGUUUCAGAGAAUUUUUCAUGGUAUGGAUACGAAUGGGAAGAGUUUAUUGUUGCUUAUCUACCCAAAUUGAAAACGCUUCAAUUUCGAAUGAUGUUUUCUUUUCGUUGGUGUUGUAAUGAAGAAAAAGUUGAUGAACUAUUGAACACAUUUCGAACACCUUUCUGGCUCAAUGAACGUCGUUGGUUCGUUCGAUGUGAAUAUAAUAUACGUAGCAUGGAUAUGGGUCUGAUGGGUCUGAAUGGUUCUCUAUACACUUUACCUUAUUCUUUUAAGGCAUAUCGUAAUUUCCAAACACAGAUGUUGUUCAAGUCGACUUGUCCUCAUGACGAAGAUCAUUGGUUUUAUACGAAUGUUCGCGAAAUCGAUGACGUGUACAAAGAUUUCAAUUGGUCAUUAUGUCCUAUUCGUUUUCCUAAUAUUGAACGUCUCACAAUUGGCCUUCCUGCAAAUGACGAUAUAUGGCAUGUCUUUCUAAACUUAGGACAUUUGACUUUCUUGAACAUACAACAAGUUGAUGAUACCGCAUUAGAUCAACUACAAGUCAUCAUCGACCGAGCACCACGCCUGAAUACUUUUGUUAUCAAAAAAUCGCCAGCUUCUCUGGUAGUAUUAUCGAAAAUCACAAGCCCGUCGAUUUGUCAAAUUGAGUGGAGAAAUUUUACUAUGAUGUCAGAUGAACUAUUCGAUCACAACGAUUGUAGUACGUUCGUCACCUCAUCACUCGGUCGUCAAUGUGAAAUUCUCACCAUUGCAGUCAAAAAGACAGCAAAUAUAUUUUAUCUUAUCAAUACAAUGUCUUGUCUUCGUUCAUUAACUUGUCAAUGUCAAGAAGAUGAUGGAUAUCAACUCGUAUCGAUGUUUCAACCGUUAUUCCAAUUACUAGAAGUAGAUCGCUUCAUGGAACGACUGAAAAAGGAUUUGCCCUCGACAUGUUCUAUUCGAAGAGUUCCAACAGAUUGUACUCGUGUCGAAAUAUGGAUUAGUUAG